CUAAAAAGGAAGAAAAUCAGAGUGUGUAUAAUAAUUCAUGUGGUCGUGAUCUGUGUUAAUGUUAUACGUUAGAGAAUUUUUUAAAGGUUAAGUUUACUGGCUCGCUGUUAAGUUGUAUGGACUAUGGUUGUAUGGUUGCUGGUUUUAGUCGUUUGGUAAUCGUAUCGCGAACUGGUUGUACGUGUGCGCGACACUUCUACGACGUAUUUUAUAUUUUGAUUGUGACGCGAAUGAUAUCGUCGUUUAAGCGAUUAAAAAAAGCUUAAGCCGAGAUUUUUUUUCGCGAUUUUUUUCCACCGUUUGGAGUGAUUAUGAAAGACUUAAUCGGAGUUAACGGCAGCUUUCGCGAUGAACCUUGCUACUUGGAGAAGCCCAAUCAUAUUCUCAAUGGGCACGAUUUCGAUGACAGAGAGACGCCGGUUAAUGAAAUAUUCGUCAACAGAAGCUUGCAUUUAGAGAACAUAAAAUUCUAUGGAUUCGAUAUGGAUUACACGUUGGCCGAAUACAAAUCACCUCAGUAUGAAAAGUUAGCAUUUAAUCUACUGAAAAAACGCCUAGUCACAUUAGGAUAUCCUCAAGAAAUAACGAAUUUCGAAUACGAUCCUUCAUUUCCCAUCAGAGGUCUGUGGUUUGAUUCGUUAUAUGGUAAUCUGUUGAAAGUCGACGCUUAUGGAAAUAUCUUAGUUUGUGUUCACGGUUUCAAAUUUUUAAAAACGAAUCAGAUUUACGAUUUAUAUCCUAAUAAAUUUUUACAACUAGACGAAGCACGAGUUUACGUAUUGAAUACCUUGUUCAAUUUACCAGAGACUUAUUUGUUGGCUUGCCUUAUUGAUUUUUUCACUAAUUCGUCGCAGUAUACGACCGAUAAAACCGGCGUCAAAAAUGGUUCGAUGGUCAUUUCAUUCAAAUCAUUGUUUCAAGACGUGAGAAGUGCCGUUGAUUGGGUUCAUUUAGAUGGUGAUAUGAAAUCGCACACGGUAGAACACUUGGAAGAAUUCGUCCAUAAAGAUGAAAGACUUCCGAUGUUGCUGUCCCGAAUACGAGAAAGUGGUGCUAAAAUAUUUCUGUUGACAAACAGCGAUUACAAGUUUACUAAUCGUAUUAUGACCUACUUGUUCGAUUUCCCUCAUGGACCGAAGCCUAGCGAUCCGCAUCGAAAUUGGAAAUCGUAUUUCGAUAUCAUCGUCGUGGAUGCUCGAAAACCGUUGUUUUUCGGCGAAGGAACAGUAUUAAGGCAAGUCGAUACGGAAACAGGAGCUUUAAAAAUAGGAACCCAUAUGGGACCUUUGCAAAAAGAACAAGUUUACUCCGGUGGCUCGUGCGACGUUUUCACUCAGUUAAUCGGUGCUAAAGGUAAAGACGUGUUAUACGUUGGUGAUCAUAUAUUCGGCGAUAUAUUGAAAUGUAAGAAGAUGCGAGGCUGGAGAACUUUUCUCGUUGUUCCUGAGCUAGAUCAAGAGCUUCACGUAUGGACUGAUAAAUGCCAUUUAUUCGACGAAGUGCAAAAAUUAGACGUCAUGUUGGGCGAAUUAUACAAAAAUUUAGACAGCAGUACUAAAGAGAAGCCAGAUAUUUCGCAAGUUCGAAACAGCAUCCGAGAAGUAACCCAUAAGAUGGAUUUAGCCUACGGUAUGAUGGGAAGCGUAUUCCGAUCGGGUUCGCGGCAGACGUUCUUUUCAUCUCAAGUAGUCAGAUACGCGGAUCUGUACGCGGCUACGUUUUUGAAUUUAAUCUAUUAUCCGUUCAGUUACAUGUUCAGAGCUCCCGCUAUGUUGAUGCCUCACGAAUCGACUGUAGCUCAUGAAAAGAAAUCCGCCAUUGAAACCAGACGAUCGACGUUAAUCGAGGACACAGACGGAUUAGCUAAUAAUAAGUGCUGCGUCAUCAAUUCCGUUAAUCAAUUACGUCCCGAAAUGCCAAAAAUCGUUACUCAUACGCACGAUGAAGACUAUUCCGAUGAAGAAAGUGACAAUAAGUCUGAAGAGAAAACUAUCUAGUGUUUUGAAGUUUGGUUGGACUUUGAACUUUCGCGUCAUUGUUACCUAAUUUACGUUUUUUUUUCUUCUUUCUUUUUUUUUGUAUUUGUAUAAUUUCAUUUUGUACUUUAGUGCUUCCCAUCAGUAUCGUAUUGCAUAUAAUUGUAGAUAUUUUAAUACGAAUGUUUUUAUUGUUAUAAUAAAUCAAAGUUUUAAUAAACGCAACGUUUGUCGUUGGUUUGUA